AUGGGAAACGAUAGCGAUCGGUGUCUUUCCACACUUACAGGCCACAGCGAUGGAGUUAUGACUGUGGACUGGUCCCCUGACGGCAGCCAAGUUGUCUCAGGAUCAGGAGAUAAGACAGCCAAGAUCUGGGACCUCGCAUCAAACAAAUGUAUCACUACGUUCGAAGGCCACACGGGUACCGUUAUGUCAGCUGCGUGGUCUCAUGAUGGGACACAAGUUGCGACGGGUUCGGCUGAUAAUACUGUCAAGAUAUGGGAUCCCAAGACAGGUGUUUUCUCAGCAUCCUUCACAGGGCAUAACGAUACUGUCAUGUCUGUAGCCUGGUCAACUGGCGAUAGAUGGAUGUUGUCGAGCGGAGGCAAUACUGUUCUGAUCUGGGAUCCGGCAAUAGCAUCACUUCCGGCCGGUGAUAACUACUAUGAUCACAAUGUUGUCUGGUCGCCGGAUGGAAAGCAAGUCGCAUCGCCAACAACCCUCGAGACGGUCACAGUGUUGGAUAUAGCCACGCAAGAGACUGUAAUGACUCUCCAGGGCCAUUCAGAUUGGGUUCGUUGGCUAGCAUGGGACUACAAGGGGGGAAAACUCGCAACAGCAUCGCAUGAUCAUACGGUUAAGAUCUGGCGUAUGACUUAG